ACAAGCAUGACCUGAGAGAGGGGGGACCCAGUCAGGUUGUCAACAAGGCUUGUUAUGUCGGUUUUGCGACAAACAUGACGACGAUAAGACCGUUUACUUGUGACGACCUGUUCAGGUUUAAUAACGUGAAUUUGGAUCCACUCACAGAAACGUAUGGCUUGCCCUUCUACAUGCAGUACCUGGCUCACUGGCCGGAGUACUUCCAGAUUGCGGAGUCUCCAAGUGGCGAGAUCAUGGGAUACAUUAUGGGGAAGUCAGAAGGAACUGGUGACCUUUGGCAUGGUCAUGUGACAGCGUUGACUGUUGCCCCAGUGUUUCGGAGACUUGGCCUUGCAGCAAAACUCAUGAACAUACUAGAAGAAAUCUCAGAGAAAAAACAUUGUUUUUUCGUGGACCUGUUUGUGAGGGUAUCGAACAAGGUUGCCGUGGCGAUGUAUGAGAAGUUAGGGUACAGUGUGUACCGGAGAGUGUUAGAGUACUACUCAGGGGAAGUGGACGAAGAUGCAUUUGACAUGAGGAAGGCUCUGUCUCGCGAUGUUGAAAAGAAGUCGGUCAUACCGCUUGCCCACCCAGUUCGGCCGGAGGAGUUGGACUGACCAUGACUCAGGAGGGUAACCAUGGAGAUCUGCUGUGGGGGACACUCUUGUUUGCGGGGCUUCUGUUAGGGGCCAUCUUGGCCCUUAUUGUCACAGAACUUAUUGUACGACAGCCUCUUCGUUUUCCACCGUUACCGCCGACGGAUGAUCAUGAAGAGCUGUAGCUGGUUAGAUGGAUAGAAACUGAAGAAGUCAUAGAUUUGUCGUAAUAAAUAACUAUGUCCAUGAAUAUACUGUGGAGCGUGUAUACUUACACAUUUCUUAGAUUCUAAUAUCUAAUUCCCUAAAGUUGUCCUGUACUGAUUAAUAAGUCUUUGUGCCUCGCAUUGCUGAUAUAGAAGGCCUGUUGGCAUCUUGGAUGCCAAUACAGUACCAACUGUCACGGCAUCCCAACACAAUUACCUUUGUGGAUGGAACUGAUAUAGUUUUUAAUGCUAACAGGUAACGCGGUAACUGCUGACAGUUAACGUGGUAACUGCUUGAUCCCUGUUCAUAAACCUGAAGAAAGUGGAGACAGGUUUGAUUGUCAAAUUUGAUUGUCUGAAUCAUUCUGGUAAACAAAAACUAUAGUUACUUUUACAAUCUGAAGAAGGGAUUGGGUUACAACUGAAGCUCUGUCUUUGUGAACAUGUGACACAAUAGCACUUCGUAGCUCACCUUUGCGACAGACAUAAUUAACACCUGUGAAUAUUCUGUAUGUUUAGUUUAUGUUUGCUCUCGGAAUGAAUUCAUCAGGGACAGGCGCAUAUGGCUAUUUACCCCUGCACAUUCCGCACAGCAGCAGUGUUGCUUAUAUUGUCCGCAGGUAUAACGUUCCGUUAACAUGUGUCGACAAUAAAGUAAAUACCACCAUAUUAAACUAACACCUUCGCAAAGGAAGUCAACAUUUUCUCAUGUAUCUAAAAUUAUUCUACAGUGUACGAAUAAAAAUAAAUAUGUUUUAGAGGCAGCUAUCCAAACAAUAAUGGCGAGUGUGAGACACACCCACUCAGCUAUGAAUGAUGUAAGUUGGGUGUUAAUCUUGCAGGGUUGAGUGAUGAUUGACUUCCAGGGCUACAUGUGCACGUCAUGUGAUGUCACCUAUAAAUAGCACGGGGGCUCUAAUCUCUGUAAUAUUACACUAGUUUGGGCGUAAUUGUUUAAAGUUUGAAAUGAAGAAAUCACCAGCAAAUAAAUGUGCUAUCAUCUUUGCCAGUGGAUCGACGACAUGAGUCACUUGUUGAAUUAUAAAUGAAAAGAUACAAGACUUAAGAAACUUUCUUGAGAGUGAAAAUGGAACAAAGUCGUUGAGCCUAAAGCAGUAAAGGUCUUGUGAUUGUCACACCAAAGGCCUGGGUUGAGUUCCCCACAGAGGUGCAAAGUGUUUCCAGCGUCUCCCCAGAAGCGGCCUUAGACUAUACUCCCUCACUCACUCCUAAUACUGUUUCACUGUUGACAAUUAUUGUUUAUAUUAGAUAUUAGAUGGCUGUCAAUGUUAACUCUGAUACCUCUUGCACAUACAUGUAUGUGAAUGCUAAAUAUCAAAACUUUUUGAAAAUCAUACAUCACUUUAGAUGACUAUUUGAGCAAUAAUUAAUGCAUUUUCUGACGAUAUAUGUCUUUCAAUUAAAAAUACAGGUUCUAAAAAACUAGUUUUCACAACAGGAUCUCAUUAGCCGUUCCGUUUGUGAAAGUGUUCUCAUGGAGAAUGACAGUUUUUCUGUUUUCUCUGCCUUUUCAUGGUUAUGCCAUGUAUUUAAAAAAUGUUUCAUUGAUAAGAGUUAUUGAGUAAAUAACUCUCACAGCCUCAUCUGACAGAUGAAUCAGCCGACUCCAUCUAAAAUAAACAUGUAGGUGCAUUUAUUAUGAUGUUUACUGUGAAAACAUACAGAAGGUUGAAAUAUACAAGAUCUGGCUUUGAUGAAAUUGACAGAAGUUCUGACAUUAAAUGUGCAGUGUGGCAUACAGGUAUGAGUAAUGCCCAACAGGGUUGUAUUUUCACAGAUUUGCACAGGGUUGUAUUUUCCCAGAUUUGCCUCUUGCCUGGUUUGCUUUAUGGAAGCUUUCAAUGAUGGAGGCACAAGAUAACGAGCAUAGUAAGGAUCUAUGGAGGAUGCUGUGAAAAAACAAUGAAGCUGUGUUUCUCUGAAUCUCUGGCUUAAGCUUAGCGGCAUUUAGUCCCAGAAAUAAAAUAAUUAUCCUUAGAAUUAUGUAUCUUUAAGAAAAAAAUGUAAAGUAAAACUUUGGGUCUGGGAGAUGUACCAAGCUGACUUGUAGCUACUUUGAAUAUAGGCUCAGCAUUAAUUGGACAUUUAGUGAAUGUAAUAUUACUAAUUGGUUAAUUUUUUAUAUAUACAUUUGUGUAUUGUUCCGUAUUUUGCUAAAAAUAAUCAGCAUUGUGUACUUUAAGAGAUUCACAUUUCAUUUAAAUUCUGAACAACUGAAAAUGUUAUAGAUGUUUUUUGACUGUUGAAAUGAAGAUGCAUUUCUUUGUAAGUGAAUUUUGUAAUUUACAACACUGCUGAAUUUUGUGAAUCAUGCUUCUGCUUCUUGACGUCUGAUUGUUUUUGACAUCUCUGGGUUGACAGGUAUGUCUGUCCUUGUGACAGAUUGGCUGUCAAUCACCAACAAUUGCACUGUUGUUUAUCAUGAUUUGUCUCCUCUGUUAAUCCCCUAAGACAUUAACAAGACACUUGUAUUAUCAAGGCCAGGUGACUGUUGUCUUAUCUGUGUGUAGUCGUGUGGAAAACAGCAUCAGUCUUGCUGUUUAACCAGUGGUCUUUGUUAACAACACUAAUUGAAACUACAUCUGUUACUGAAAUUAGUUUGGUGCAGAAAUACAACAUUCACUGUGUUCGCUUGACAAAUGACAAAUAGGAUAUUCACUUAAAAUGUUUGCAAAAUAUCAUUGGCAUCAUGAAGAACAACACAAGACUCUAUGGACCACUAAUCGAUUACAGGGUUGAUGGUUGGCUCGCAUGAACUGACAAUAAUUACCUUCCCCUAAUACUAGUGCCUUUAUGGAAGACCCAUGUUCGUUCCUGAACUAUCCUGCAACGUCAAAAUUGAAAAGUACUUCAUUGUUUAUUUAAAAAUGGCCAGUUUUUUAAUUACCAUCCCUCAAUAUAUAUUUAUUAAUUUGUAUGAACCUCCCCUCCAUUCUGUCACAUUUUGGGUGGCCCUUCCCCAGGCAUCUGUCGCUCCCCCCAUAAAUGACCUUUCCCCUAAUAUGUGUAGAUUUUGAUGGAAAGCUGCUGUUUAUAAGGCUCCUCUUUGAACAGUAGAACAGGUUUUGUGUUGGUUUUGGUGUUCAAAAGUCAAUUUGAGCCGGUAAACUUCAUGUGGAAUUAUUCAUCAACGACCUGAAAAACAUCUUGCUAAAAUUAAGGCUAGUUGUUAACUUUGUUAAAAGAGACUGUGAAAAUAGAUUAUCCUUUUAGGAGCAGCUGAGGCUGAAAGUUGCCUGGAGGAACAAAAGAAAUUAAGUAAGUCUCAUCUGUUUGGAAAGAGAAAUGCCUUUGAACCAGUUUCCAAGGAAAAUAUGCUUCCUCCAAAUUAGUUUCUUGUGUGAAGGAUUAUUUAGUUUAAAAUAAAAGUCAGCUUGUUUGUUUUACAAAGUCAGCAAAAAUAGAAAAUACCAUUGUGAAAUAAAAUAUCAUAUUGUAGAUUGUUUUACUGAGUGCCUCAAAAUAUUCUUGCAUAUUUGUAUAUUUUUAUUGCCAAUAAAAACAGAACAAUAUUUGUUCAACUUGAACCAUGGGCAGCCUUCAGAAGAAAGGUCAUCUAUAAUAUGCUUCAUGUAAAACAAUGAAUGGCAUGUUAAUAAUAAAAUACAGUAAACAUGUUUAACUUGGAGUAUGUUAAUCCUUGAACCUUUUCAAAUGUUUUGGGAAACACGAAUCAUGGAUGUAGGCUUGUGAUUAAUUCUACCUUUAGACACCCUGAUUAGUUUUGUGUUUAUGUAAUCCCAGGCAGUCAUUCAUUGCACAGAAUAGACACAGGGCUGAUAGAUUUUCUAGUGACGUGUUUGCAGCUACAGUGGCCUGGUACAUGACAGGAGCCUGAAAUAGUGCUUGUGAAUCCAACAAGCAUGUUGCAGCAUGUUAUCAGUUAAGAUGCUUCAGGUUUUUGGCAGGAAUUAUUGCACAACGCUAGAGAACAGAUGAGAAAUGUAAGAAUGUAAUUUCCACACGAAGUUGAGAGCCGUGUAAGAAGCCACUUUUGAUUAUGAGGUCUUUGAAGGAUGACAGGAAGUCUGUGAAUAUUGCAGGUUAUUAUAGUACACAAGUGUAGAAUGAGCCAGGGAGAAGAAGUGUUUCCUCUGUAGCACUAAGGGGAGGUGUGGGAACUGAGUGGUUAAAGUGUUUGCUCAUCAGGCUGGAAACUAGGGUUCUAUUCCCCUUAUGGGUACAGUGUGAAGCACAUUUCUCAUGUUUGGUCCCCCUUGUUGUGAUGUGGCUGGAUUAAUGUUAAA